CCCAUCAAUCCUGCAGCUAUCUAGCACGCACGCAGCUCUGCCACCUUAUCAGUUAUCAGGCUAAGGUUUGGUAUAGUAGCUAGCUAAGCUAGGCAAGCUGGCCUUGCCAGUUUCCAUGGCUGAUUCGUCUUCAGAGCCGCCGUCGGGAGUGAUGAAAAAGGGGGCCUGGACGGAACAGGAAGAUAAUCUGUUGAGGAAGUGCAUUCACAAAUACGGUGAAGGAAAAUGGCAUCUAGUUCCCGUUAGAGCUGGCCUGAAUAGGUGCAGGAAAAGUUGCAGAUUAAGAUGGUUGAAUUAUCUUCGUCCUGAUAUAAAGAGAGGCGAUUUCAAUUUGGAUGAAAUUGAUCUCAUCAUGCGUCUACAUAAACUCUUAGGCAAUAGCUUUGUAUGUAGGUGGUCGCUUAUCGCCGGUAGAAUUCCGGGAAGAACAGCUAACGACGUGAAGAAUCUCUGGAACACGCGCCUCCAGAAGAAGACAAUUGCUACACCUUCUUCUGGGCAAGAAAAAUGGAAGGACAAAGCUCCGAAAACCACGGAAAAAACCGUCGUCAUUAGACCACAACCUCGGAGAUUCGUGGUGACCUCCUCAUCUCGAACGUUGCCGAUGACCGGAAAAACUACCAUUGUUACCAGUGAAGAAGUAGUUCAACUCCAAGGACAUAAUAUGCCGCCGCCGCCGCCGCCGCCACCGGAGGCGGCGGAAUCAACGUCGGUGCCGCGGCUAAUGGAAAACGUAGAUCCAAACAACUCAAUUAUAGAUCCGCCGGAAGAAGCAGAAACCUCAGACAACUUAGCGCCGUGGUUGGAUGAUUUUCUCUUAGACAUGGAAUUCGACGGUGACGGAAUGACGUGCAUGCAGGAAGGACAAAUCGAAUGGUGUGAUUUUCACAUAGAUUCGGACCUUUUGGACCUUUUGAGCUAAGCCUAGGUCCCUUAGCUAAAGUCUUUUAGUUUCUUAAAUUUAACUUUAAAUAUUUAGGGGAAAAAUGAUAUUUUUCCUCUUGAAUUAUAGAGGAGUAGCACAUUAUUAAUUACAUCGUCACUUUUUCCGCUCAAUUAUCUACAAAGUGGCUAUUUUCGUAACUAAGUUCUAUUAGAAUUUGGUUUUUAAAUGCCACUUUGCAAACAAUUGAUGGAUAAAAAAGUUAGGACGGUAUAAUUUAAGAAUAAAAAGUGUUAUUUUUUUA